AUGUCGGUAAAGGAGUGCGAUCACCACAAAGGAAGAAAAAGAAUACUCUUCCAAAGAAUAUUUUGGGGAAUCAUAGUGUUCCUUUUCUUAGUCUUACUUACAAUUCUCCUCAUAUGGGCAAUCCUAAGGCCCACAAAACCUACCUUCAUCCUCUCCGACAUAACCGUCUCCGCCUUCAACACAACGCAGCCGAAUCUCCUAACAACCAAUUUCCAAAUAACACUAAUGUCAAGAAAUCCCAACGACCACAUCGGCGUCUACUACGACCGUCUCGACACCUACGUCACCUACCGGAGCCAGCAGAUCACUUACAGAACCUCCAUACCACCUUUCUACCAAGGUCACAAAGAAGUCGACGUUUGGUCCCCGGCGGUUUACGGCACCGAAGUUCCCGUUGCUCCGUUUAACUUUCAGACUCUCUCGCAGGAUCAAUCUAACGGAAACUUCUUCGCUACCGUUAAAAUUGACGGAAGAGUUCGUUGGAAGGUUGGUACUUUUAUUUCUGGUCAUUAUCAUCUAUAUGUUCGGUGUCCUGCUUAUAUCUCAGUUCGUAACGACGGUAACGGCGUUAGCAUGGGAGCUAACGGCGUUUAUGUUGGAGCAAACGUGGUUAAGUAUCAGAUUGAUCAGCGUUGCUCUGUUAGUCUUUGA